AUGGCGACCUAUAUUCUGCAAAUUGCUGGACUGAUGUUUGGCGGUGUUGGCAUGGUGGGCACGUUGGCUGUCACCAUCAUGCCUCAGUGGAGAGUGUCUGCCUUCAUCGAAAGCAACAUCGUGAUAUUUGAAAACCUCUGGGAGGGCCUGUGGAUGAAUUGCAUGAGGCACGCUAACAUCAGGAUGCAGUGCAAAGUCUAUGAUUCCCUGCUGGCUCUUUCUCCAGACCUGCAGGCAUCCAGAGGACUCAUGUGUGCUGCUUCUGUGCUGUCCUUCUUGGCUUUCAUGACAGCCAUCGUCGGUAUGAAGUGCACUAGGUGCACUGGGGACGAUGAGAAGGUGAAAGGUCACAUCCUACUGACAGCUGGAAUCAUCUUCAUCGUCACAGGCAUCUUGGUGCUCAUCCCUGUGAGCUGGGUUGCUAAUUCCAUCAUUAGGGAUUUCUACAACCCCAUAGUGAAUGUUGCCCAGAAACGCGAGCUUGGAGAAGCCCUCUACAUAGGCUGGACCACCUCGCUGCUGUUGAUUGCUGCAGGGACCCUGUUCUGCUGUGGUUUCUGUUGUACUGAGAAGAGCAGUAGCUACAGAUACUCAAUACCUUCCCAUCGCACAACCCAAAAGAGUUAUCACACGGAAAAGAAGUCACCGAGUGUAUACUCCAAAAGUCAGUAUGUGUAG